AUGGAAACCUAUCGGUGCGAAUUACCCAACAUGAUUGCUCUUACAGCAGAGGAGUAUCCACCAGCUGCGAUUUUUAUUCGUGACGGGUGCAGUCGGGCGUUGAUGGUGGUUCCUGAUCGCAAUUUUAGCGCCGCGCUGGCGUGGUAUUUGAUGGACUGCAACGUUGUUGUCAAGACGGUCGGAUUGAUGACUAAUUAUACCCUCGCGACUGCUACUACGGCUGAUACGGCAGUGCGAGUCUUGGAGAUUUACGCAAGAAAGCUGCCAGAUAAAUUCAUGCAUGGUCCUUCCGUGAAUGGCAAUGAUCACUCGUCAGCAGAAGCAGCGGCUGCUGCGGUUAGUGAGGCGCUUGGGCUGACGCGAAAUAUGGGAGGAUCAAUUGACCAGUCUCCAACUAUGGUCGAGUCAUUCUGUUUAUCUUCUUACGAUGUUCGAGUGGGCAUUAAAUCCAUACUCUAUGUCCUGGGAAAAACGUUCCGCUUUACGCUGGUGCUCCUAGAUGAAUUCCAGACCUCUGGUGGGUAUACGUUGCUACUGCGCUUGCUGGACACUUGCACUGAGGACGAAAUCCCUGCUUUUCUCGACAUGCUCACUGCUCUGAUACCCCUUGGAGUAUGUUCGACCGAGACUUCCGAUGGAGCAGAACGAGUUGUCGAAAGUAUGUUUGGAGCUCGAAAUGAGCAUGCUUUCGCCGCGAUGAGAGACCUGCUGCUUAAGUACGUGACCGGGCAAGAUGUGCUUAGUUCCGAUAAGCAACGUCGAGAUGAACAUCUUGUUCUCCAAUUACUCACUCAGGUUUUGCACAUAUACACAAGUGACUAUGACAAUUUCGCAUUUCUCGAGCCCAGGACGCGAACGCUGGCGUUACUGCUGAUGAAGUUGCCGCUGACAACGUUUUACGAUGCACAAGUUAUUAUUCUACGUAUCGUUGAGUAUGUUUGUUGUGCUGCUCAACCCGAAGAUUCCCUCGCUCACGAAAUAUUAUCCAUCGUAUGCGGA